ACAGGCGUGACGAGCACUUCGGCCUCUCCCCUCGCCUUCUUCUUUUACGACACGACCACUUUACGACCCGUUACGAAUUUCCCUUCAUUUCGUUUUCUUUUGUCUCCCAGGUGUUCGGGUUCUUUCACCGACUCUUAAGAGUAGAUGCGACUGUCGCCGGUCUAAUUGUCACAACCGCGAAGACGGUUCCAAACGUCUGCACUGGAAGCAUCGACACGAUACGAUCGCCGAGUCGCUUUCUCACACCUUUCCCAUUCGGAGUCCCACGAUUCCAGAAUACUUUUCGAGAUCCAGCAUGGGAGACGCCACCGCCCCUCGCCAAUACGUGCCCUUGACUUGCCACGGCCACUCGCGACCAGUCCCUCAUCUGAGUUUCUCGCCGCUCGAGAAGGAAGAUGUAUACUAUAUGAUUUCGGCUUGUAAAGAUGGCAACCCAAUGCUCCGCGACGGCCAGACAGGCGAUUGGAUUGGCACUUUCCUCGGCCACAAGGGCGCUGUUUGGCAAGCGAGGUUGAGCCCCGAUGCUACGACCGCCGCAACCGCCUCCGCCGACUUCACCGCGAAAGUUUGGGACACGCACAGCGGCGAGCUGUUGUACAUCCUCCAGCACGACCACAUUGUUCGCGCUAUCGCCUACCCAUUUGAUCAAUCCGGAAUGAUCGCAACGGGUGGUUUUGAGAAGAAGCUUCGGAUUUUCGACCUGCACGACCAAAAGGCGCCCAGCGACUCGGCAUCCGCCAGCCCUACCGUUGUCACCCCGGCCACCAUCGAGACUACACGGGCGUUCGAGAUUGGCGAGGGCGUGCAUAAAGAGCCCAUCAAGUUCAUCGUCUGGGCCCAGGAUCCCCGCGUUAUCAUCACUGCGGCCGGCGAGACUCUUCGUUGGUUCGAUCUUCCGACACGACGCUGUAUCCGCGAGGUGAGGCUCGAAGGCGAAAUUAAAUCCUGCGAACUCGUUGCCUUGGCGCAGGCACAUAGCGCGCCUACGGACAUUGGCGGAGGUCUCCCCGUUCUAGCUGUUGCUGCUGGGAAUACGGCAUACUUCUGGGGCGGUUCGAGGGCUGAGGAUGAGUUGAAGCACAUUAAGCUUUCUCAUGGGAUUGCAAGUGUUGCUCUGGAUCUGAAAGGCAGGAAGUUUGUGGUGGGAGAGGAACCGGGCACCUGGGCUCGGGUGUACAACUGGGACGAUUCCAAGGAGUUGGACGUGCACAAAGGCCACCACGGCCCCAUCUGGUCCAUCGCCUUCUCGCCGGAUGGCAAUCUGUACGCGACUGGGUCGGAAGAUGGUACCAUCAAGAUGUGGAAAAACUGCGAAGGCUUUUACGGACUCUGGCGAGGGGGCGUGUCGGGCAACGGCACAGACUAGGAGAUGAACGAACGCCCCUUCGACAACCCGCCUGACGAUAACGUCACCGAUAUACCUUGCAGUACCACGCCAUCCAGGGACCACAGCUAUGGCUCUCGGGCCGAAGCAGGUCGUUCGAGUUCCGAGGCCACAACAGUGUCUCUUGCGGUGGAGGAUGCUGGCCCCCCAAUCAACUGUUCACCGAAAAAGAUCGAGAAAACCAUAUCACCACCACCCGUCGGUCGCGUUUCUAGAGAGUCGACUUGCUCUGACCCCCCUCCCGGUUAUCAAGGCGUCGGUAGGCCGCCGCG